CUCCAUCGCUUGCUCACCCACUCUCACACGCACCACACGCAGAGCCCUUGCCCAGGAGACAUACGAUAUACACAUUGCAGCCUCUCACCGAGUGGCUGUCACCCCACCCUCGUGUCUGGCGUCGACAGGAGAGGGAGAGACCCGCACCCCCGCUUCCCCCCUCGUAGAAUAGUGCCCAUCAUGAACACCUGGAUCGACAAGACCACCGUGCGCACCAUGCUCGCAGAGCGUGAGAAUCCGCCCUUUGACGUACGCAAGAUGUCCAUCGCAAUGCAUGGCAACGAGCGCAUGCUCAAGCUCAAGGAGCGCCAAAUGCUCGAGCUCGAGCGCAACCCGCUCUUCUACAUGGGCGACUACCACGAUUUGACUAAGGAUGAGCUCCGCGAGCGCACCAUGUCCCGCAUUGCAUCGCUUGUCCACUACGUCACCAACGAGAGCGUCGAAGAGUUCACCAAGCGCAUGGAACUCAUCGGGCUUUUCGACCCAGGCUUCUGGACACGCUUCGGCGUCCACUACGGCCUCUUUCUCGGCGCUAUCCGCUCCGGCGCGACGCCUAACCAGUUCAGUUACUGGAUGGACAAGGGCGUCAUCGGCUGCAACGGCAUGUUCGGCUGCUUCUGCAUGACUGAGCUCGCCCACGGCUCCAACGUCGCUGGCCUCGAGACCACCGCUACAUUUGACGAAAAGACGGACGAAUUCAUCAUACACACCCCGCACCUUGGCGCCACCAAGUGGUGGAUCGGCGGCGCGGCGCAGACCGCCACCCACGGCGCCGUAUUUGCCAAGUUGAUCGUCAACGGCCGCUCGUACGGCACAAAGACGUUCAUCGUCCCCUUACGCAACCCGCAGACGUUCGACCUGCUCCCCGGGAUUAAUGUCGGCGACAUUGGCAAGAAAAUGGGCCGGGACUCGAUCGAUAAUGGCUACGUGCAGUUCACUAAUGUGCGCAUCCCGCGCGCGUAUAUGCUCAUGAAGCACACCCAGGUAACGCGCGACGGCGAGGUGCGCGAACCGCCGCUGCAACAGCUCACCUACGGCGCCCUGCUUCAAGGCCGCGCCGCGAUGGUCUCUGACGCGGCCAACAUGGCGAAAAAGGCGCUGACGAUCGCCGUGCGCUACGCUGCCGUGCGCCGACAGUUCAAGAGCGACCCCAAGGAGCCGCUCGAGACGCAGAUCCUCGACUACCCGAUCCACCAGCGCAGGCUUAUGCCCCUGCUCGCACAGUCCGUCGCCUUUGGCUUCACCGCGCUCGAGAUGGUGCGCCUGUAUGAGGAGACGAGCCAGGCGCUCGAGGCGCUCGAACCGGGCGACCCCAACCUCGCGGCGACACUUGAGCUUCUAAAGGAAACGCACGCGACGAGCGCUGGCCUCAAGGCCUUCUGCACCUGGGCCACACUCGAGUCAAUUGACAAGGCGCGUCAGGCGUGCGGUGGGCACGGGUACAGCUCAUACAACGGCUUUGCAUCCAUGUAUGCCGACUUUGCCGUGCACUGCACCUGGGAGGGAGACAACACCAUCCUCGCCCUCCAGUCGGGCCGCUCGCUCAUCGCGUCGUACCAGGACGCGCUCGAGGGCAAGCACCUGCGUGCUGGCUGUGUCUACCUCAACGAGCUGCAGACGGUGCUGCAGCGCACAGGGCGCGACGCGGACCUCGACAGCCUCGACGGCAUCCAGCGGGGCUGGGACACGGUCGCAGCGCAUGCCGUCAAGAAGGCCGCUGAGGACUUCCAGGCUUGCAUCGACCAGGGCAUGAGCAAGGACGCCGCGAAUGAAAAGUGCAGCCAGGUACGCUUCGUCGCGGCCAGCGUCCACUCAAGCUGUUUCAUCUUCCGCCAGUUCAAGCAAGCUGUUGAGCGCCUGCCGCUGCAGAGCGCCGACGACAGGAAGGUGCAGGAGCACCUCGCACUGCUUGCGCGCUUCUACGGUCUCUGGCAGAUGGAGGAGAAGGCUGCGUUUUUCCUGCGCGCACGCUGGCUCAGCGCCGAGCAGCUCGACCUCGUGCAGGCCAAGGUGUCCGAGUGCUGCACACGCGUGCGCGCCUUUGCCAUCCCCCUGAUCGACGCGUUCGCCAUUAGCGACCACAUCAUCAACAGUCCCAUCGGCAGGGCGGACGGCAAUGUCUACGCAGAGUACUUUAGGCUCGUCAGGCGCAAUAACCCGCAAGGCAAGCCGCACCCGUACUUUGAGCGCGUUAUCAAGCCCUUCCUCUUCCGCCCGACGGGCGAGGGCACCAUGGAGGACUUUGACGAGGCGAUCGGCAUUGACGAGGAGAUCAAGGAGAUCAAGGAGGACCAGGAGGCCGCCGCCGCGGAGGACGCUGAGCGCAAGAGCAAGCAGGAGGACCAGGAGCGCAUCCGCAAGGCUGAAGAUGAAUUCAAGUAGCCAGCCAGCGCGCAUGCGGAGCGCAGCGCAGCAGAGUGGAUUUUGUUUUACUAGUUUAUACCUCCAAAAUGCAAUCGACUGGAAUUAGACAGCAGCAAAUGACGCGUCCCAGCAACAGCAAGUGCCGUUCUCGUU